GUUUAUUUUGCAAAAAUGGCUCAAGUACCAAUCAGUAAUAAUAAUACUGAUGGUACCAAAACAGAAACCUUAGAAGAAACCGAUAGCGCUACACAACAAGCAGAGGCAGCCCAAAGUGCACCCACAUUGCUGCUGCGCCUUGAGCAUCCGAGAGAUGAACGCCGGGUAGUCUUCCACGAUGGUGUCAUCGACAACGAGCAUAUGAAUCGGAUGAAGUCCAAAUGCUGUUGCAUAUAUCGUAAACCCUUGGCUUUUGGCGAAAGCUCGUCGGACGAUGACGACGAAUGUGAACAUUGUUUUGGUCAUCCCGAGAAGCGCAAGAAAAAUAGGAAACCACCUACUGAUGAGUCAUGCGCUGUUAUUAGAAGCCCAGAUCAGCCAUCGACAUCUGCUGAAGCGCAAACGGAAGCAAAAUCAGAAGCAUCAAAACCUAUCACUGAAGGGAUUACCGCACCAGUGCCAGAUUUCGAGACGACAGUGAAGCCUUCCUUGUAGACCACGAUACCAAAAACUUGGCAACAACAAAUCCACAACAAUAAUUCAAUUAAGUACAUUUAACAUUUUAACAACCACAAAACAAUCUGCAUAUGCAUACACUCAAUCAUUAAAAGCUAACACCAAAAUGAGCAGUUUAUAUAAUAGAUAAUAUGCAUAUGAAC